UUUUACGUGGGGGGUGGGAGGGGAAACUACCUUUCAGGGUCCCUACCUGGUCGGAGAGGCGGCUUUUCUCCGGGCUGCAGCUUUGACCCGUCCUCGCGGCCUACCAGCGUGCCUGGAGCAGCGUUUCCUGUCGGGGACCGCCCAGAACCUCGUCUUCGGCGGCGGCACAGCGCUGGAGCGCUAUCGCGGAGCGGGCGAUGCCUUGCCUGGGUCGCCGCGCUGGAACUCCGGUGAGCUGAAGAUCGCUGGGGGGAAACAUCGCGGAGCUGCGGGACUGUGGAGCGACCAGCUGCGGGCGGCGGCGCUGAACUUACACCGGGAGCCUGGGAUCUCUAGAUGAGAUCGCCAGUGGUGGAGCUCCAACCGGCGCGGCCCUGUUGGCUUCGGAAGCCGCGGCCUCCAGUACGGAAGUGGCCGUUCCAGUGUUCCCAAGCCGCUGAGAGGACUCUCCCGAUGCCGGAGCAACAUCACCCGGCGAGAACGGCCUGGAACAUCGGGCCUCCGUAGAGGCAACUGUGGAGGCCUCAAUGGGCCCGACUAUGGGUGAACUGGGGUUGGGGACUGGACUUUGCGCCUUCCCUCAUAGUGGGAACCAUUGUGGGGGGAUGUUCUUUAUGUUUAAAACUCUUAUUAAUGUUAUGUCUGUAUUCCUUCUUUAUUUGCUGCAAAAUGGCAAGAAGCAUUUCACUUCACUACACCUAGGUGUAUGUGAAUGUGACCAAUAAAAUACCUUUGAUAACUUUGAUCUGCCAUUCCUUGUUUCUACUUAAUGAACGAAAUAGUUGCUAUUUCCAUUUCCAGUUUCGUGUUGCACAUUUAUCUCUAUACUUGAAUUUAAUGGCAGCCACAAUGCUGGGAUUUCAGUUUCUGUCACUGAAUUUUCCUGGCAGCCAGAUGCUAGUCAAGUGACUUAACCACUAGCAUACCCCUAGUCAGCGCUGAUGCUCAAAAAUCUCUUCUCAUCCAUAUUUCUCAUACAUCUUUAUAACAUUCGAGGCAAUUCGACCCACCGAGUCCAUACUGGCCCUCAGAGCCAACCCACCAGUCCCAUUCAUCCACGUAUCUCCCUGUAAUCUAUUCUCUCUCACUUCCCUGUCAGCUUGCCCUGAAUUCUCUCAUCUGCACCAGGGAUAAUUUCCACAAGAGGCCAAUUAACCCACCAGCCAGCUCCUCAUCAAGAUGUGGACGGAAACCAAAGCAACUGUGAAGUGCUCAUGCUACAAAGUGGGAAAAAGUGCAAACACCACACGAUUAAUUGCGGUCCGUCAUGAUAAUGUGCAUUCUGUUUAGUCAUUCAGCACGGAAACAAGCCCUUUGGCCCAUCUUGUCCAGGUCGAACAAAAUACGUCAUCUAUACCAGUCCCACCUGCCCGCGUUUGGCCCGUAUUCCUCUCAACCUUUCCUUUCCAUGUGCCUGUCCAAAUGUCUUUGAAAUGUUGUUAUAAUACCCGUCUCAGCUGUCUCCUCUGGAACCUCAUCCCAUUUACCCAUUACACUCUGAUUGGAAAACAUUGUCGUAUCAUGCCCCACUCAUCCUAAACCUAUGUCCUCUGAUUCUUCAUUCCCCUACCCCGGGCAAAAGGCAUUGGCACCUUAUCUAUUUCCUUCAUUGAAUUGAAUUGAAUUGAAUUCCUUUAUUGUCAUUCAGACCUUACGGUCUGAACGAAAUUUCGUGCCUGCAGUCAUACAUACAAUAAUACAAUAAUAAACAACAAUAAACACAAAUUAACAUCCACCACAGUGAGUCCUCCAAACACCUCCUCACUGUGGUGGAGGCAAAAAUCUUAGGGCUGCAGUCUCUUCCCUCUUCUCCCUCUGCGCUGAGGCAAUUCCCCACCGGGCGAUGGUACAAACAGUCCCGCAGCUCACCGAACCCCGCGAACGGGCCGGUUCAAACACUGCGGCCCGGGGUGGUCGAAGCCGCCGCACCUCCAGUCCAGCACACGCAGCCGCCGGCCCGCGGCUGAACCCAGGACUCUGGACACCACCACCAGAACGUCGUCCCAGCCACCGGAGCACCGUCCCAGCCCCCGGACCGGAUCGCCCUCACGUGAGUACCGUUCCUCCCUCGGGCUGGGCCACUCCAUAUACACUUUUAUACACCUCUAUAAGAUCACCCCUCAUCCUCCAGUGCUCCAAGGUAUGAAGUCCUAGCCUGCCCAACCUCUCCCUGUAGCUCAGGCCCUCGAGUCCUGGCGACAUUCUCCCUUUGUGUUUCUCUGGCUUUGGUAUUGUUUUUGUCUUAUUGUUGUAAUUUGUAUCGAGAUACAAUGGAAAAACUAAUAAAGUCAUGCUAUACGCGAGUACACUCAAGCCACAGAGAAGUACAACAGGUGGUGGAAAGAGAAAGUAAAACAGAGUACACAACGAGUGAAAAUAAUAGUUGAAGUAUAGUUUAAGAAUAAGGGGUAAGCCAUUUAGAACGGAGAUGAGGAAACACUUUUUCACACAGAGAGUUGUGAGUCUGAAAUUCUCUGCCUCAGAGAAGGCCAUGGAGGCCGGUUCGCUGGAUACUUUCAAGAAAGGGCUAGAAAGGGCUCUUAAAGAUAGCGGAGUCAGGGGAUAUGGGGAGAAGGCAGGAAUGGGGUACUAAUUGGGGAUGAUCAGCCAUGAUCACAUUGAAUGGCGGUGCUGGCUCGAAGAGCCGAAUGGCCUAUCCUGCACCUAUUAUUUUUGGACAAAGUGCAGGUAAAAAAAGUGCAAGUCCACAAUGACGUAGGUUGGAAGAUUGUGGACGUAGGUUGGAAGACCCUAGCUUUUGGGAGGAUUGUCCAGUAGUCUGAUAACAGCGGGGAAGAAGCUGUUUCUGAACCUGGUGAAACGUGCUUUCAACCUUGCGUAUCCCACGGCUGACAGGACUGGGGAGACGAGGGAAUGUUCAGGGUGAAAAGGGCCCUCGAUGAUGAUGGCUGCCUUCCUGAGGCAGCGAAAAGUGUAGAUGCUUUAAAUGCAUCAAUGAAAGUAAUCUCAGAUUGUAACAGAGAGUUCCACAUUCCUGAUGGCACAACAGGGAAGAGGAAGCAUGAAGUAAUGGCUUUACUGGAGCAGGCCCACAAAAUGUGACGUGGCUCACUGACUCGUCAGGCUUGACACAGUCUAAUCAGCUGUCAGCAUCAUGGUCAGGAGCACUUACUCUGAAAUGUCUUUCAUGCAAGAAUUUUAUAAUUCGACAGAGUUGUGGUUGCACAAUCAAUUUUGAACUUCUAAACAUUUGGAGAGAACAGAAACAUCAACACAAAAUGGGGAGGGAAUACAGUGUGCAACUAUAAGGCUGCAAAAUUGCUGGCAGCUUUUAUUUUUAAUCUAUUAACAGAAAACCUUAUCCGGCUGCUGCAUAGCAAAAUGUAUCAAAUUUCCUGUCAAGAUGGCAGCUCUGCUUAUGUUCGAUGUUAAAAACAUGUGUAAACUCAAAUGCAUCAAACAUCAAUGGAAAACCACCAAUUAAGUUACCUGAAAGUGGACUGCUGGUCGUAAAUCAAACCUUCACAUUGGAGCAGCAGAGGAAAUUCUCGUCUGACAAUAUCGGAAAAAACUUGCAUGCAAUUUUUUUAAGCUUGGCUUUUUGGACACAAGUAACAACUGAGCAAAUCCUAUUUCAAGUUAAGGUCAGUGUUGCAAAGAUCUGGUAAAAUCUUGCAAAAUUUACAGGUAGAUCUCUCGUUAGUUUAUCUCCCCAUCUCUGCGCUUUGUUAAACUCGAGUAAAGCUCUGUUAAUCUGUGACCAUCCCCUCUGAACGAGUUCAAACUAGAGGCUGCCGGAAUGUGGCAGGGCACACCUUCUGCGUUGAGGAAGUACAUUCAUAGCCACAGAAUAUGGUGUAGCACCACACAGGAACACAUGGCUAAACACCAUGGCUGAGAAUAGUUUGGAGAUAUUUUGUCCCAUUUCUCUUGUCUCCAGCCAGUUCACACAAGAAAUUCUACCCAUCUUGCGUCGCGCCUAUCUAGAUGAAACGUCGCUGGAUUAUUUUCAUUACAGCCAAGUGACGGUGGUAAACAAUACAAAGCUGCUGCAUCAGCACAAUGAAUGGCUGUUGGGUAUGGAGCAGAGGGGAAACACCAAGGAGGAGCUUGCAACAUCCUUUGCUUUUUUAAUGUUUGACACUGAAGAUCAGGCAAAAGCAGUCUGCCGCAACGGAUUGGAGACUGGGAGCAGUGAUAUUACAACACUUGGAGAUCCGGCGAAUGGAGUGUAUCUUUGUAAAUUUUCCGACUUCCUUCGCCCUACGCCGUGGAACCACGGGAAACAAGGCUACAUUGUUGUAUUUAAAAUAAUCAAGGGUAGAGUGAAGACUGUGACUGAAAACUACACUUCUGAUUUCACCAGACCAACUCCUGACUACACUUGCCAUGUUUCAACCAACUGUGAUAAGGUUUCUUCCAGAAACAGCUGCUUCCAGGCUUUUGAACUGACACAGUACUACCUGUAUGAUCCUGACCAGCAUGAAGGCCGGCAUUGCCCACGUCACGUCUGCCCGUUCGCGAUUGUGGCAUUUCAGUACCGUGACUACAAGUGCAAUUCGGCAGAGUCCGGAGAGAAUAACACAGACGCUGCAAAAAUUCAAGCAGUGCUGUACUACCCAUGGAGGGGAAAGCUCGUCAGCAAAUCCAACGAGAUCAGUGUGGCUCUCAAGUCGAACGGCAGUGCAUUGAUGCCGGUUGCUUUGCCGACCAAUCUUGAAAUUGAACGCAUGAUCAAGAUUGAGGAACUAAAACUCAAACUGCCCCAGGCUGUUUUCGCACCAGAAAACUACACACGGAAAGAAGUCUGUUUGGAAGGAUUAUACUGCAGUUGGUAUGAGCUGGUGGAAUCCCUGGAAGAAGGCAACACCUCUCAACUAGGCACUCUGUUGGCUGAAUUGGAAGAGAAGAACUUGGCAAUUGUAAAAUGCUUACAGGACCAGGGGCUCCUUAUAUUGUUCAGCCAUCCUGUUUGCAGCACGACGGGAGAGAGCAGCAAGACUGCCCCGUGCACAAUACAGGCUGUCUUCAUUUUUAAAUCGCCAAGAAUAUCACAUCUUAAAGAUGUUGGCCAGCAAACCCGCCCUCGACAGCGCUCUCCUUUCUCGGCUAAGAUAACGCCGCUUCUCCCGGCUGUUGACUACGCGCUGGCGGCAGGCCAGGGUCUGGCAGGGAACCAGGAGACUCCGCGCAACAAGACGGUCGAGGACCGCCUGGGCGAAUACUUCGAUAUGUCGUCGGAGGUGCCGCGGAAUUCCCGCCAGGCGUGCCGGAUCGCGGGCGGCGUCCCUCCGCUCGAGGACGGGGACUCGGCGGCCGAGGGGGGGUCGGCCAGCCCCGGAGACUGCCAGGGAUCGGCGACCUCCCAGCUCUCCCCCUACCUGGCCGACCCCGCCAGCUACAUACUCCCCGUGGCGACUGUUUUGAAACUGCGGGCAAACUACCUCAAGCUGUGCCAGAGCUCCGGCGACAAGCACAAGGUGCCGCGCACUCCGAGAGCAGCGUCCGCGGCGCCCCGGGUGAAAGACAGCCUUAACCCAGGGCAGGUUCGCGGUCGAAGCCCCAGGACUCGGUGCCGACCGGCGGACGGUGACACCCCCAGAUCUGGGGCGAAGGCGAAGGUGAAGGUGAAGGCGACGGCAAAGGAGCAGGCAAACGGGGACCCAGGGGCCGACGCGGGAACAGCAAAACCAACCAGCAAACCCCUGACGGGCAGAGCCGUCGGCAAGGGUGCCGGCAAGGCGAGGAAUAAAGCCAGUGCCGCGACCACCAAGACCGCGGCUGGCCCAAAGCCCGCCAAAGUGGCAAGGUCGGCAAUCCUGGCCGGUGGUGAUGGUGGUACCGGCAAUCCCGCUUCCCCCGGUCCGGGCCGAACGACCAGGUCUCUGUCUGCCCGCGCUAAGAGGGCAGCGGCGGAAGAGCUGGCCAAGGGCAGCACGGCAGGGCAGCCUGCCCCCGCGGAGAUGGUCAACGGUGAGGAGGCGAAGGAGACUGGAGAGCCUCUUAAACCCGGCCCGGCAUCCACCGCCAAGGCAAGGAAGAUGGUGACAAGGAGGGCCGGGGCGGCAAAACAGAGACCGCAAACAGGAUUGGACACCGAGCAGAAUUCAAGGUACGGUGUCUGCACCUGGAGCUUUGUCGAGGGCCAGUCUGGUGACAGCCCGUCCACCUCCUUGCAUCCCUUUACCUUGGCCAUCAGCCAGAACGAGUCCCAGUCGAAGAACGGUUCAGAGGUGGGGAACUGGGGACUGGAAAAGGGCCUGGAAACGGACGCACUGAGCAUCCUCGCGGACCUUGCGAUUAGUUCCUCCAUCACCUCGCUGCCAAGAUCCCAGCAGGAACACGCCUUGUCCUUGCACCUUGCGUCUGGCCUGAGCGCGCCCAACAUCGGGGGCGACAGGCGGUCGGACUGCCCCCCCAAUCCGCCUGCCGACGUGGAGUUAAACGUGGCCGAGGGCAGCCAAGCAGGGGGCGGGUCCGUCUCUGCGACGUUCGGGGGGGCGCCAGGCGCCGCGGCCGUCACUCCCUGCGCGGAAACGUCGCGGGUUCCCAGCCCCAGGAUCCAGGCUGCGGUUCGGGCGCAGAAGGAGCAGGCGCGCAAGAUCCCGGCCCCUCGACGCAUUGCCAUGUUAGUGGCGGACCACUCGUACUGCCGGCCGCCCGGCGCGAGGGAGGCCGUGCGUUUGGCCGUGGCCGAGCUCGUGCAGGAGGACGACGAUGCCGCCGCCGCCCUCAGGCAAUCCAUGUGGACGACGGGGCCGGUCAACAGACGGGGGAGACGGAUGCGUCCCAAGGUGGCCGCCAAGCUGGCUGCCAAAGCGGCUGCUAAAGCGGCUGCCCAGCUGGCUGCCCAGGUGCCUGCCAAGGUGCCUGCCCAGGUGCCUGCCCAGGUGCCUGCCCAGGUGCCUGCCCAGGGCGAGGAGCGGAGCUACGAGGAAGGGACGUUGGUGGGGAGGGUUCUGCCCUUCAGGCGAGAAGACAGCAGUGGGAUAAAUGUCCCCGUCCCAGACCCGCAGAAGGAGGGUGAUGCCAUCUCAAAACUUCCCUGGGCUCCUGAUCACAACCUGACAGAUGCGGGGCAGAGCAGGUUCGAUGAAACCUUCCAGCAGUCUCGCUGCGUGCGGGAGGAGAAGAACACCGUGAAGGUGACGUUUGAGUGGAAAGGACCGUAUCUGUACCAGUGGGACAGCAAGUAUACCAAUGAUCCCAAGGAGAAGUCGGUCAAUCGGGCAUUGCAUGGGCUUUGGGACCCAGCCAUCCAGGAGACAAUGAGAGACGUGAAGCUUAUUCUGCACAUGUGGAUGGGUCUGUUUUACACCAAGUCCAGCGCGGUGCUGCGGACCUCGGUGCGGAUGGUGCAGAACAGCGCGGGGCCCGCCGGGGAGCCGACUGCGGUGCUGGACCUCGGCACCAGCGAGAGCGAUGCCGAGCGCGAGGCCGAGUUGGUCACCCCCACCGUGAUCAGGAGGGUGGAGAAGCUCCCGGACCUCGCCGCACGCCACGGCGGGGAGGCGCCAGCGCCCGGCGAGGAACCGGCCCCUGGGGGAGACGUCGGGGAGGGCGACGGCAAUGAAACGACGGCGGCUGCAGCAACUCCCACGCCCAGCCCUGACCUCGAACCAACCGCAAGCACUCUGGCCGAGGAAGAACCAUGCAGCAACCAGGAGCCUUCAGACGAUGUGAAUGGCACAAGGUCUGAAAGUGAGCCUCGGGAGCAGAGUUUGGAUCAGGGAUCAACUCCUAUAUCAGAUGAAAGUCGUGCAGCUGAAAUAAUGCAACACGACAAUGUCCCAGAUAACACAGAUGAUACAGUUGGAAAUUUGGCAGAAAGCAAUUUCAUUGAAACGGAUGCGGCCAUGGAACAAGCUGAAAUUAUUCGGCAAGAUUCACAGGACGAGCCCGAAGAUGAAAGUCGUGCAGCUGAAAUAAUGCAACCCCACAAUGUCCCAGAUAACACAGAUGAUGCAGUUGGAAAUUUGGCAGAAAGCAAUUUCAUUGAAACGGGUCCGGCCAUGGAACAAGCUGAAAUUAUUCGAAAAGAUUCACAGGACGAGCCUGAAGAUGAAAGUCGUGCAGCUGAAAUAAUGCAACACCACAAUGUCCCAGAUAACACAGAUGAUACAGUUGGAAAUUUGGCAGAAAGCAAUUUAAUUGAAUCGGAUGCGGCCAUGGAACAAGCUGAAAUUAUUCGGCAAGAUUCACAGGACGAGCCCGAAGAUGAAAGUCAUGCAGCUGAAAUAACGCAACACCACAAUGUCCCAGAUAACACAGAUGAUACCGUUGGAAAUUUGGCAGAAAGCAAUUUAAUUGAAACGGGUGCGGCCAUGGAACAAGCUGAAAUUAUUCGGCAAGAUUCACAGGACGAGCCCGAAGAUGAAAUAACGCAAUACCACAAUGUCCCAGAUAACAUAGAUGAUACUGAUGGAUAUUUGGCAGAAAAGAAUUCCAUUGAAACAGAUCCGGUCAUGAAACAAGCUGAAAUUAUUGGGCAAGAUUCACAGGACGAGCUCGAAGAUGAAAGUCGUGCAGCUGAAAUAAUGGAAGACGACAAUGUCCCAGAUAACACAGAUGAUACAGUUGGAAAUUUGGCAGAAAGCAAUUUCAUUGAAACGGAUGCGGCAAUGGAACAAGCUGAAAUUAUUCGGCAAGAUUCCCAGGACGAGCCUGAAGAUGAAAGUCGUGCUGCGGAGAUAAUGCAAGACGACAAUGUCCCAGAUAACACAGAUGAUACAGGUGGAAAUUUGGCAGAAAGCAAUUUCAUUGAAACGGGUCCGGCCAUGGAACAAGCUGAAAUUAUUCGGCAAGAUUCACAGGACGAGCCUGAAGAUGAAAGUCGUGCAGCUGAAAUACUGCAACACCACAAUGUCCCAGAUAACACAGAUGAUACCAUUGGAAAUCUGGCAGAAAGCAAUUUCAGUGGAACAGAUCCAUCCAUGAAAGAAACUGAAAUUAUUCGGCAAGAUUCACAAGACGAGCCCGAAGAUGAAAGUCGUGCAGCUGAAAUAAUGCAACACCACAAUGUCCCAGAUAACACAGAUGAUGCAGUUGGAAAUUUGGCAGAAAGCAAUUUCAUUGAAACGGGUCCGGCCAUGGAACAAGCUGAAAUUAUUCGGCAAGAUUCACAGGACGAGCCUGAAGAUGGAAGUCGUGCAGCUGAAAUAAUGCAACACCACAAUGUCCCAGAUAACACGGAUGAUACCGUUGGAAAUUUGGCAGAAAGCAAUUUUAGUGAAAUAGAUCCUCCCAUGAAAGAAGCUGAAACUAUUCGGCAAGAUUCCCAGGACGAGCCCGAAGCCGCAGAGAACCAGAGCCCGUCGGCGUCUUCCUGUCCGGAUUCGAUGGUGGAGAAGCCCAGAAGUGUGGACAGCGGCGGUGGGCUUGCGAUUGAGUGUGGCCAGUGGGGUAUCCUUCGGCAGUCUUCCGUGAUCAGAGAGCUGCUGCGGACUAAGCCCCAGGCACAGCUGCCGCCUCCCAGCACCAUCCCCAGCGGCGCGGUCCCUCCAGCGAGCAGCCCGAGCUCGCACGAGCGAGGUGAAAGCAGACUUCACAGCCAAGGCUACGAUCAUCUCGGCAGCAGGGAGAAGAGAACUCGCUGGGAUGAAGGAGCGAGUCCGCCUGGGAGAGGUUUGCCGGGGGAUGAAUCUGACUGCGAUUCCGCCACAUCGGAAAGCCCCGCUCCUACAAGGGACGCGCAAAGUCGUCCCGUGACGUCAGACACGAGCGGCCACGGCGACAGCAGCGGAGCGGACGCCUGCAGUCCCGUGCAUGUCGCAGGGUGGGCUCCGGGGAAUGAAGCUGACGACUACUGGGUUGGGAAUGGUGCUGGCGAUUGGAAAAGCGGAGACGAUGCAGAAACGUGCCGCAAGGGACCUGCUUUGGGAGCGGCUCACCAACUUCAGGACCGCGUGGAGUUUUUCGCCACAAACGAGGGUCACAGACACCUGAUAAAACACACCUCCCACUCAAACCUCCCAUCCAGAACAGAUACACCUCCCAUCCUCAGACGCAUCUCCCACCCACACCUCUCACCACGAUCAGAUACACCUCCCUUUCACAUCUUCCAUCAACAUCUCCCAUCCAGAGCAGAUAGACCUCCCAUCCACAAACGCACCUCUUCCCACCCACACCCAUCCAGAACAGAUAGACCUCCCAUCCCCAGACACACCUCCUCCCACCCACAGCAAAGCUUGCAGCAGGAAGAUGGGUUUGAAACUGUGGACCGCUACCCCAACUUUGACACCGAGCUCGAACGAGCGGUUCGUGGCCGCGGUGGGUCCAAGCGAGCUCUGGUGGCCGGCGAAGAUUUCUUGGACGGUCCAUGCGGUGAAGUCCAGCCGGGCGGCGGGUCCUUUGUAGAAGAGGGCAGGCUCGGUCACACAUCGCACAGCCGGCCAGCCAGAAUGAAAGUUUCCACGGGCAAAGAGAGGUCCCGCUGUGCCAGGGGUGCGGGGGAGAGGGGGCGAGCGCCAACCAGGAGGGGGGUUGAGGAAUGGGAUUAUCCACCCAGUGGAUUCGCAGAAGAUGUCCCCCUUGUCCAGCCACAGCCUCCGGCAUUCAUUAAGAUCCCCGACUCCGCCACAGAAGGCUACAAAGUCUUCCAGAACGUCCGCGUCACCACCAAACUUCACCAAACUCCAACUGGGACAUGUCGGGGUGAAAGGGCGGCCAGGAAGUCUGGUGGCAGGUUGGAGCAGCAGAGGUCCCGGGCCAGCGGACCCCUGCCCUGGGGAGCGUUGGGCGGGGAAACGUGCCGCCAACGCCGCAAAGGGAGCCCCAUCCGCAGAACCCUCGACCUGGAGUUCAUCCACUUCUCCCGCAAUCUCCAGCGGCUGCUGGAGGUCAGCAGGUCGGACGCCCCCCGGCAACCGGACAUGUUGCCCCGCGGCUCCAGGGGCGGGACAGCCCGGCGGAGGAAGGGCUGCAGCAAGGGGUGGGACGAGAGCGAGCCACCGCUGGCCGUGACGAUAUCUUGCCCUGCAGUCAGCGCUGGCGGCCGGAGACGUCCGGGCAAUAAUGAUAACAACAACGACUCCAGCACCGCCGGCCCUCAGCAGCAGCUGCUGAGCAGCGGGGAGGGGUGCAGUAGGGACUGGCUGCGCGAAGGAGCCACUGCUGCGGCUGCAACCUUCCGCCAGCCCAAAGACCACCACAGCCGCUGCAAGCGGCGAUGGAGAGCCCCCCAUUCCCAAGCACCGGGCCGCGGGGGAGGGGAAGGGGAGGAGCAAGCUGAGAGAUGGUCAAAGAAGCGGCGCACCGCCCGGGAGAGGGCUCCCCGGCCCGAGGAGAGGCGGAGAGAGGGGGGUCUGGGCGAGAAGUGGAACAGACGGGACCCCACCCUGUGCCCAAUGGCCAAUGUCAACCACCGCGACUUUCACCACAGCUCGCUCGCACUGCGAAAGGAAGCGCAGAAAGCCAGCUACAAAUUUUAUGUCUACCAGACAAACUCUGACCCAUUCUUUCAGGAAGUUAAGGACUUUCUGAAGAAGGAAGGCCACAGGGAGAUAAGCUUUAUGUAUCUCUCAGCGAUACACUCUAACCAAUCUGGCAAAGUGCUUGUUAUUAUCCAGAACAAAGACGUUGAAACACACCUGCACCAGAUUCCGUACCUGCUGAAGUUGAAGCGGAUGCCGCGUGUUCAGUUUGCUGGAGUGGAUUCUCCCAGGGACCUCAAAGACCAGACCUAUCGAGAGUUAUUUACCUCGGGAGGCUUCAUCGUCUCCGAUGGAAACGUGCUGGACAUAAUUACUCCAGAGCAAUUGCAGCAGAUCUCUGACCUGCUGGAGGAGGUUGGCUCCGAGUCUGAAUGGAAGUGGAUGGUACAUUUCAGAGAGCUCAAAAAGCUGAAGGACUUGGCAAGGGAGGACAGUGCAGCCAGAUGGAAGAUUUCCCUACUGAGUCGAAAUAUUGAAGCAAAUAUUGUGGAAGUUCUCCCUUUCCACGGCUGUGAUUCGAAGUGCCAGACAAAGUACGACUACCUCGAUUGCCUCAUCAAACUACAGCUUCAGAGAAUAAGCUCCAGGUUCGCAGUGUUCCUCUCAGCUAAACCUGAGAAUGGAGAAGUCUUCGCGCAAAAAGGCAUUAUUGUUAUGGAUGUAAAUAACUUCGCUAAGGAUUUAAGGAUCCUAAGUACGCCUUUACCAAGUACCUUGGUCGCAGAAAAUGCUAUUGAGGAUGAAGAUUACGACUCCACAGCAACCCAGGAAAGCACAGCCACACAUACUUCACAAAUGGAUCCUGACAUGUUCUGAGUUGUGAUUUUAUUUACGAGUGGUAUGCCAAAGCUAUAGUUGGGGAUUGGGGAAGUCUUUUUGGUGAUUGUGGUGUUUUGGAAAUCCAGGAAAAAUAUCUUUUUUUUUUUGUCCACGAUUGUGUGUCUGCAUUCCCAAUCUUUCCCUUGCCGUUGGUGUGAGCAAAUUAUUUUUCUGAAUCUUUGUCUGGUCUUGGCAACCUGUUUUAAAAAAAAUUAGCAAAAGCUUGGUUCUGGUAUUCUGCCAGCUUUGCAGAAGAAUGAGCAUUUUGUGGGUAAGAGGAUUGUCAUUCUCAUUAUCCUUCUUCUUGCAUUAUUAACUUUUGGGGAUACAAAUCCCCUCUUCCCCCAACCGUCUACAACAGGUUCAUGGAGAUACAAGAAUAUUUAUCUUGCAUGCAACACUCUCAUUUCCACAGCUGCAAACCCAUUGGAAUAGAGACCCUACCACAUUUAGUCAGUACCCCUUAAGUCUCAGCACAGAUUUGAAAAAGAUUAACUUGUAAAGUACCUCCAAUUUACCUGGCUAUAAUAUUUUGAUUUAUUAAUGUUAUGGAAUAUAAUUUCCUACUGGCAAAUAAUCAAAUGGGUGGUCAUCCACCCAGUUUUAAAUUGUAAUUGAUACUGUUGAGUAAGGCAAUAUGUUUUUAGUCAGUGCUUAACACUGCUUUUUGAGUUAGUUAUAUCCCUGCAUCAGGCAGUUUUUACCCCCCAACUAAUAGGUAAGCUCCAUGAGUUUGAUUGUCCUUCCACAUUCCCCUCUUGUUAAAAAUGGUUGGAUAGAAAUAACUUGAUACAAACCUUCAGAUUUAUCUAGUGUUUGUUGGAAAGUCUUAACAAAGAUAGCAAUAGAAAAGGAAUCCAUAUUCCUGCUUGGUAGAGCUACCAUAUUUGAUGAAUUUUAUUUGUUAAUGCACCUGGUUAUGUAUUUUUAACCUGCAUUGGUUCACACUAAAAUGACUUAACUAAAUGGUGGAAUGUAUAUUUUUAUAUUUAUUUGUAAACUUGUACAUAUUUAAUCAGUGUCAAAAUAAAAAAUAUUUGUAUUCCAAA